AUGAACUUCCACCAUUUGCCUACCAGCCCAGGCCACACUUGUGACCCAGGUAGGAGGAGCUUACAUGCUUCUCCCAUGUCCCCUGUUUUCUCUUUGUGCAGAAACACCUGCCAGUCCCCCAGUCCUGGCACUCUUCUCACAAGGUCUCUGCUCUCUGCAGGAAGAGGAGACACUUUCACCAUCAAUUGUUCAGGCUUUGACCGGUACGGGGUGGAUCCUGCUGCCUUCCAAGCAGUGUUUGACAGAAAGGCCUUCCGUCCAGUCGUCAACUACAGCAUCCCCACUCAUGUCAACAUCUCCUUCACUAUGUCUGCCAUUGUGGAAGUGGACGCACAGCUUCAACUGAUGACAUCUUUCCUGUGGCUAAACGUGAUCUGGUACAAUCCAUUCAUCAGGUGGAACCCAGAGGAAUGUGGAGGCAUCAGGAAGAUCAGCAUAGCAGCUGAGUAUCUUUGGCUUCCAGAUAUCUUCAUCGAGGAGUUCAUGGAUGUGGAUCAGACAGCUACAGGUCUCAUGGCUAUGUCAACAGUGAAGGUCUCAUCAAAUAUGACAAGCCGAUGAAGGUGGUCAGCAUCUGUAACCUGGACAUCUUCUAUUUCCCCUUUGAUGAACAGAACUGCACGCUCACCUUCAGCUCAUUCAUCUAUACAGGUGAGUAGGGCAUGGAGAAGAAAGUGCAGGAGAUUUCGAACACAUCACAGAACCUCAUUCGGAGCAAGGGAGUGGGUACUUUUGGGUAUCCACCAGAGAAUGAUGAAGAUGACUGUGGGCACCAACCAGUAUGACCAAAUCAUUUUCUAUGUGGCCAUCAGGCGCAGGCCCAGACUCUAUGUCAUAAACCUCCUGGUGCCCAGUGGCUUUCUGGUUGUUAUCGACGCCCUCAGCUUCUAUCUGCCGGCAGAAAGCGAGAAUCGUGCCCCAUUCAAGAUGACACUUCUGCUGGGUUACAACGUCUUCCUGCUCAUGAUGAAUGACUUACUCCCAGCAACUGGCACCCCCCUCAUCAGUAUGGCCCCUCCCUCCAUCAGGAGACUAAAAGCAAGGUGGGGGGGUGUGUACUUUGCCCUGUGUCUGUCCCUGAUGGUGGUCAGCCUGCUGGAGACCAUCUUCAUCACCUACCUGCUGCAUCUGGCCACCACCCAGCCCCCACCCAUGCCUCGGUGGCUCCACUCUCUGCUUCUCUACUGGGCCAGCCCAAGGAAAUGCUGCCCCACUGUGCCCCAGAAGGGAAAUAAGGGCCUGGGCCCCACCCCCACCCACCUGCCUGGUGUGAAGGAGCCCGUGGAGUUGGUGGUGGGGAAGGUGGCAGGUCCCAGAGAGGCAGAGUUAACUGGAAGCCCUGAGUCAAGGGCCCAGGAGGAACAAGAGGCUCAGAGGCAGCCCUUGGUGGACCUGUGGGUGCAGUUCAGCCACAUGAUGGACACCCUGCUCUUCCGCCUCUACCUACUCUUCAUGGCCACCUCCGUGGUCACGGUCAUCAUCCUCUGGAACACCUAGGCAAAUGCCUAGCUGCAAACUCCAUUCUGGAGCUUCUCUUGCUUCUAGAAACCAGCCAAACUCCCCUGUGUUUUCAAAUCCCUGCCUCACAGCCCUGGCAAACACCUUGUUUUCAACUCAGUCCUUCCGUGCAGUUUCAGACCAGACCUGGAUGAUGGCUUAUGCCUCCCACAGUUGGUCCUUGCUCCUACACACCAUCAGCUCCCUUCACUCCUCCUGUAUGUGCUGCCUGCCUGGCUCCUCAGGAUCCAAGUUCCUGGAAUACUUUCUUGAUUGACUCACUCCCAAUAAAACCCUUUGCAGAAAGCAUUGGCUCUUCCCAGCGUUAUAUUACAAUACCAAAAAUCUUGGAUUGAGAGUCUUCUUGGAGAAGCUUCUCAGUCCCACAGUAAAAAGGGUAUUUUAAGUCUAUUAGACAACUUGUGAAAGCAGGGAGAGAGGAGUGAAGCGUUCAAAACCUAUUACAAGGAAUUAUACUAAAACAGGGGUUAAUCUCCUGAAUCUAGUUAUCCUGGAAUUAAGCUAUAGAAAUUAAUAAUGUGCCAGGAUCAGGCAUCUCUUACUUCAAGAGUGAAGCAUUUUGUCACAGCUUGACAUAUGACUCAUUCAUCCUUAAGCACUUAGAUGUUAACAUAUCCCAAAUUACCAUUAACUGUGUCGCAAUCAAAGUGGAUGGGCCCUUAAUCAUGCAAAGGAAAGAACACGAGGCCAAGGAAAGCACAUUUGAAAAUGGCAUC